GGCUGAGCCAUACAUAGGAGUCACAAAUACCAGGGCACAGGUGAGCAGCUGAACAGUCUCUGGGAUUCUGCUUUGUUAGCCUACUCUUGUGUGGAUUAGCUGCUGUUGUUGCUGCUGCUGGAGCACCUGCUAGAAACAGCCAUGGCCGGAUCCUGUGAAAUAAGCAACCUCAUUUCCAACUAUAUCAGCGCCAUGUACCAGCAAGAGGAAACACCACCUGACCCAGACCUGUUGACCCACCUUGGGGAUGAUGACAACAUUUCUCUUGCUCUUUCUAAUACACACACAGCAAUGGAGACAACAGGCAAACCAACAUGGUAUGGGGAGAUGCCACACUGCUGGAGCAGAUCUCAAGUGCUGGAAUGGAUCAGCUACCAUGUGGAGAAGAACAAAUAUGAUGCCAGUGCCAUUGAUUUUUCCUGCUGUAACAUGGAUGGCUACACACUUUGCCAGUACUCACGGGACCAGCUGGGAAUCAUCUUUGGGCCUCUUGGGGAUGAGCUCUAUGACCGCUUGCAUGAGAUCGCCUCUGUCCCAGAUGAACUUGGCUGGAUUAUAUCUGUGUUGAGGAAUGAAGAUGUCUCCCAAGAGGCCCUUCUCAACUCCAGUCCUUUAGAACUGGGGAACUCAUGUAGUCAGGAUGACCUGAGCGAGAUGAAGUUCACACACCCUUUUUCUCAGCCGGAUCUUGGCUACAUCUCUGGAGCCAUGUCACCAGAUAGUUCGGUGUCUUUUGCAGGGACAAUGUCGCACAGCCCUCAGUCCCAGGACUCCGGUGGAAGUGACCUGGACCUUGAUCCCAUAGAUAUAAAGCAUUGCCCCUUUUCUGAUGAAUAUAAGAAAGAAGAUUUGAAGAAGCGGAAAAGGGGAAGGCCCAGGAAGGUCAGCAAAGACAACAGAGACUGCCUGGAAACCAAAAAGAGCAAACACUCCCCAAGAGGAAUCCACCUGUGGGAAUUUAUCCGGGACAUCCUAAUCCAUCCAGAGAUGAACGAGGGAUUAUUGAAAUGGGAAGACCGACGUGAAGGCAUCUUCAAAUUCCUACGUUCUGAGGCAGUGGCCCAGCUCUGGGGGCAAAAGAAAAAGAACAGUAGCAUGACUUAUGAGAAGCUAAGCCGGGCCAUGAGGUAUUACUACAAGCGGGAAAUCUUAGAACGAGUGGAUGGCCGGCGGCUUGUGUACAAGUUUGGGAAGAACUCCAGUGGGUGGAAAGAGGAAGAGGUGCAAGACAGAAGCUAGGGAGCUUUGGGAGCUACACAUGGACUUGGAAUUAGCCCACUCUUGCUCAGAGGACCACCUUUGAGCUCAAUGCACUGACUGUGGGCUCUGAGCCCUUUAAGCUGCUGUCUCAAGCAGCGUGUGUUUAGACUCAAGCCCUUCCAUUGGGCAAGACUUGUGUCCUGGCUCUCCCAGCUUGGGAGUUCAGGUAAUUACAGCUGAUAUUUUGGCUCAAGUAGGUUAUUGUGAACCAUUAUUACAUUGUUGUGAUUGGACUCUGGCUGCUUCAACACUCACUAGGAUUACAAUGCCUUUGGCUGUUUGAGAUCCUGCACAGAGUUCAUCGAGGCAGAAGGAACAGGCCGUUCUUGGCGAGGGCUUUGUCCCAGAGGGCCAUUUCACAGGACAUUAAAUGGUCCACUGAUUCUCAAAGCCCUCUCUGCACUGGGAACUCAGAUUGGUCACCGUGUCUAGAGAAUAUGGGAAUGCUGAUAAUCUUGAUACCCACUCCAGAGCAUGGGCUGGACAUACAGCAGCAGACUGGUUAAUGCUCCCAUUUUAAAAGUGGCAAACAUUAGUUUGCAUAAGGCUGAGAUCUUAGGUCUCAGAUUGUCCUGAAGGGAAAAACCUGGGAGCUUUCUGCUUGGCUUUUUCCCAACUAUUUGCCAACUAUUUGUGGAAAAAUUCACUCUACAAAAGUACAGCAACCUUCCCUAGGAAUAGUGUCUUCUGACUCUUAAUUUAUGUGAAAUAUGUAAACAUGUUUAUAUAAUGUACAUAGAUAUCUAUUUUUUUCAUACCUAAGGAUGUGUGAUUGUGUCAGGAAGCACUGGGCAUUUUCAAAAACUGAUGAUUACUGUGUUUUUUGCUAAUAUUCAGCUGGGCUGAAGGAAAAAAAAGGAGAUCUUUAUUUUGAAAUCGGAAGACUAUUUGUUCGAUGUUGUAUUUCUGCUCGUUGGUGACUCCAGGGGAGCCCUGCACCUGCAUGACAUACAGGUCUCCUGCUUUUUAAUAAUAAUUAACCAAUAAAUCAUUGUUUUGUUGGUUUUUAAA